AUAUGCAAAAGGAGGAAGGGGGGUGUUUUCUGGUGUUUGUGAACUUGUUAGUCUUGAGAUAUGGGUGGAUGUGUGUCGAGUCCGUCUAAGAAGAUUAAGUUAAAAGCAAAGUACAUUCCCAAGACUCGUAGGUUACGAAGGAAGGCACCAUCUUCUGUUUCUGUUGCACCCAUAGAGCAACUUACUGAUGCAGGAGAGUAUGCAAGAGAUGUUGAUGUUUGUGAGUUUGUCACAGUAGACUAUGAGAGCAGGGCGUCAAGUCCUGCAUUUCAUCAUUCCCUAAACUAUCAUCAAGUUGAUGUAACCGGAUUAAGCCAAGAGGAAGCAUGGUUUGAUACUUGCAGUGUCCUUGACUCGGAUUCAGACGAAGAUUUCACUAGUGUUCUUGGAGAAAUUUGCCCUUCACUCGUCGUUGCUGCUGGGAGUGCAUUAGAUCAUCAAAGCCAAAUUGAAAGCAACUCAAGGUUUUAUGAUACUAUCAACAACAAUGAUAUACCAUGUGUAGAUGGAAAUUUUACUAAGAGGAGAAAUGUAGAGGAGGAUCCAAGUUUGACAUCUCAACGAAGGAAGUUAUCAGUUGUAACACUUGCUGAUAGUAAGAUACUGCAUGAUGAAGACACGACGACUGAGUUCUGUCCUUCAAGAAGAUUAUUGUAUCAUCCAAAAGCAGGAUGUCUUAUUCCACAUUCUAGUGAUGUGAAAUCGACUCAAGGAUGUUGGAGUCCAGUUUCUCCUUCCAUAUUUAAGCUUCGUGGAAUGAAUUACUUCAGGGAUAAAAGGAAAUUUCCUGCCUCGAAUUGUUGCCCUUAUGUACCUAUUGGUGUUGAUUUAUUUGUUUCUCCACGGAAGAUAUCUCACAUAGCACGGUAUCUUGAACUUCCCUUUGUAGAGCCACAUGAAAAAGUUCCAUCAUUGCUUGUCGUCAAUAUACAGCUGCCUAGUUACCCUACUUCGAUGUUCCUUGGGGAAAACGAUGGAGAGGGAAUGAGCCUUGUACUAUAUUUCAAAGUAUCAGAAAAUUUUGAAAAAGAGGUUUCUGCACAAUUUCAAGACAGUAUAAAGAGAUUUGUAAAGGAUGAAAUGGAAAUCGUAAAGGGAUUUGCAAAGGAAUCAACAGUUCCUUUCAGAGAAAGACUCAAAGUUAUGGUUGGUUUAGCCAAUCCUGAAGACCUUCAUUUAAAUCCCGCAGAGAAAAAGCUUUUACAUGCAUAUAAUGAAAAACCAGUGCUUUCCCGUCCUCAACAUGCGUUCUACGAGGGAGACAGCUACUUCGAAAUAGACUUAGAUGUUCAUCGAUUCAGUUACAUUUCCAGGAAAGGAUUUGAUGCAUUCCGAGAACGGUUGAAACAUGGAAUUCUUGAUCUUGGAUUGACAAUUCAGGCACAGAAGCAAGAGGAGCUGCCAGAGAGAGUUUUGUGCUGUGUUCAAUUGAACAAAAUUGAUUUUGUGAACUGCGGCCAGAUACCUCAACUUAUUAUUCCUGUUGAUAAUAACUGAGAGAGCUAGAACAAUAGUUGUAAAUAUUUUUGCAACAAGAAAAAAGACUAAAUUCUGAAAUGUAACAAUUACAUCAAUUUUUAUUUGUAUCAAGAUUGACAAAAUGUCAAAAUAGUUUAGAACUUUUUCAAUGAAAUA